CUGUGAGACUAGUAGCCGCAGUCGCGCUCUAGAAAUGGCUGAUAUCUACCAUGAGCAAAACCAAGUUGUGCCCAUGAUUUCGACUAAAUUUUUGUGCUGCAAGUACACACAGCAAAUGUACGUGUAUUUGUGCAUGUGCUGUGCAUAAGAGUGACAUUGUAUGCAUUUUAAAGUGCACAACCUGCUGUCAGCUGGUGACUAUCUUCUGUUAUCUGAAAAAAAAUUCACCCUGAAGGACCAUCUCAAUACCAAGCAAUGAGAUUUAAUUGCUGCUAAAAGAGGCCAACUUUUUUAUUCGUGCAUCAAGAUCAAAACUGCAUUAGUCUCAAGCCAUAGCUUUUCGUAGGAGAAGAAGAGCAAGGAAAGGAAAGAAAUCGUCAUUUUGAAGAGGAAUGCCCGGCGCCUGAGAAUGCGUAUUUUACACAUGCAUCUGUAAGGUAUACAUGUAAGCGCUGUGUGCUAACGCGGCAGCAAAUAAACGAAGGAGAAGAAGAAUAUAUAAAAUAAGUAGCAUAUAGAUAUAAAGGUCGGUACUUUCUCACGCGCGCGCGCCAGCCAAAGCCAAACCAAAGGACUAUGGCCGGCAGCAGUAGCAACAAUGAGAGUAGAAGUAGUAGUGGGACGCGAGCUAUGGCUGAGCAGAGGCCGCAUUCCAGAGUGGGCGGCCAGCUGGAAUGCAACGGCAAGGCUACUGCAACAACCACUGCCGCCACCACCAACAACAACGCCAAUGAAGCUGCAUCACAAAGAUCUGCAGCUAACGAAUCGCAGCACGAGCAGCAGCAACUUUGCCGAUACGGCACUGCUGGAAUGUCUUUUGUUGAAAUUUUUCAGAUUCGCUUGCAACAACUUUUUCCACAAUUGUCAUCACCUCCAAAGACAACAAUAUGCGAAGACUCCAUUGAACUUACAGCUGAAGGUUUAGCAAAUGAUGUAAUUAGGUAUCUUUUGAAGGAAGAUAUUUACUUAAUUUCUAGGGAUCCAAUAUCUCGAAGCAUGAGACAUAAUGUAUAUCAAAUGUUGAACAAACACAGUAUAUUAUUCACCAGUAUGGUAAAUAGACUAAAUGUUGUUCCUGAUACUGCUUAUGAAGCAUUUAUGGGUGUAGCAGAUGAAUUGUUUCAUCAAGGAGUUACUUGGUCAAGAAUAGUUUGUCUUUAUGCAUUCAUGGGUAGAAUGGCACUAUGGGCCCGUGACAGACGCAUGCAUAGUCUGAAAAGGAAAUUACCCUUAUAUGUAUCAAGAUAUAUUGGAGAAGAACUUGCGCCAUUUAUCAAAAUAUGUGGUGGAUGGGAACAACUUUGUUUAGAAUACCCUGUAGCAGAAGAAGUAAGUGGAGCUGUUUGGAGAAGUUUACUUGUGACUGGAGCCACUCUUGGGUUGGUAGCGACUAUUUUGUCAGUAACUUCAUGAAUGUAAUUUUCCUAAUAAUUUAAAAAAAAUAUUAGAGUGAAAUUUAUGCGUACUUACAUCCUGUGAUCUUAUAAGUAUAAAUUCGCUUUUUAGCACCAAAAUACAGUAUUCUUUGAAAUGAAUAUUAAUUUGUAGUUGAAUGCUACAAAGUUUCUGUAAUCAGUACCUUCUCUGAACUUAUUGUCUUUUUAUCACAUAUUUGUAUAUUUAUGCUGAUGCGCAACAAAAAGCAAGUGUGAAAAUGCAAAUUUCCUAUUACUGUUAUGUGUAUAUUGUGCAACUAUAGUAAGCUAGCUCAAUUCCUAAGAUAUUUUAUCCUUUUUGAGAUGUUCCAAAUUAUAAAAAGGACUUUGAAUAAUGUAGGACAUCUGCAAUCCAAAAAUAUGUUAAUUUAAAUCAAUUUAGAUAUUUUAUAUUUAUUUUUAUUUUUAGAUAGAAAAUCAAAAACAAUUUU